CAAAUCUCUAACCAAAAAAAAAAAAAAACACAAAAGAAGAAGAUUGGGAGACAGAGAAGAAAUGUCAGCCGCAAGAUCGUGGCCAUCUGCCUUCGGAGAAACGACGCCGCUGCUCGCUCGAGCAUCUUUCCGCAGCUCCUCCGCCUCAUUCGAGAUGACCGCAUCCCCUGCCCGUACGGCCUUCCUCGGUGUAGACGUCGGUACAGGCAGCGCUCGGGCAGGACUCUUUGAUGAGCAAGGGAGACUUCUAGGAUCUGCCAGUAGCCCCAUACAGAUAUGGAAGGAUGGUGAUUGUAUUGAGCAAUCUUCAACAGAUAUCUGGCAUGCAAUCUGUGCAGCUGUCAAAGCAGCAUGCUCUCUAGCAAAUGUUGCAAGUGAAGAAGUAAUUGGUUUGGGAUUUGCAGCUACCUGUUCUCUCGUUGCUGUUGAUGCCGAUGGCUCUCCCGUUACUGUUUCUUGGAGUGGUGAUGCUAGGAGAAAUAUUAUAGUGUGGAUGGAUCAUAGAGCUGUAAAUCAGGCAGAACGGAUCAAUGCCUGCAACUCACCAGUACUGCAAUAUUGUGGUGGGGCUCUCUCUCCUGAAAUGCAACCCCCAAAGCUUUUAUGGGUGAAAGAAAAUCUGCAAGAAUCUUGGUCCAUGGCCUUUAGGUGGAUGGAUUUGAGUGACUGGCUGGCAUACAGGGCAACAGGAGAUGAUACGCGGAGUCUAUGCACAACAGUUUGCAAAUGGACUUAUCUAGGCCAUGCACACAUGCAGAAAGAUAAUGAGAAAGAUUCCCGAGAUAUGGAAGCUUGUGGAUGGGAUGAUGUCUUCUGGGAGGAAAUUGGAUUGGGAGACCUUUUUGAAGGAAAUCAUGCUAAAAUUGGACGAAGUGUUGCAUUUCCUGGCCAUCCCUUGGGUUCUGGUCUGACACCCACUGCUGCGAAGGAUCUAGGUCUGUUAGAUGGAACUCCCGUUGGAACUUCAUUGAUUGAUGCCCAUGCUGGCGGGGUGGGGAUAAUGGAAAGUAUGCCUGUAUCAGAAGCUGAAGAUAAUGAGGAUGCAAUAUGCGAGCGUAUGGUUUUAGUAUGCGGAACGUCUACUUGCCAUAUGGCCAUUUCACGGAACAAGGUGUUUAUUCCAGGCGUGUGGGGACCAUUUUGGUCAGCCAUGGUGCCUGAAUACUGGCUCACUGAGGGUGGACAAAGUGCUACUGGGGCCUUGCUGGAUCAUAUUAUUGAGAACCAUAUCGCUUCUCCUCAUCUUGCUAAUCGUGCUGCUUCUCAGCGUAUUUCCUUGUAUGAAUUGCUGAAUAGGAUAUUGGAAUCAAUGGCGCGUGACUCGAAAGUUCCUUUUGUUUCUGCCUUAACUGAAGAUUUACAUGUCCUUCCCGACUUCCACGGAAACAGGUCUCCCAUUGCAGACCCAAAAUCAAAAGGGAUGGUGUCUGGUUUAACACUUGAUACAAGUGAGAAACAGCUGGCCCUUCUAUACCUCGCCACAAUACAGGGCAUUGCCUAUGGAACACGCCACAUUGUGGAGCAUUGCAACUCUCAUGGGCACAAGAUUGACACACUUCUUGCUUGUGGUGGACUUGCAAAAAACCCGCUGUAUAUUCAAGAGCAGGCUGAUAUUGUUGGUUGCUCUAUAAUCCUCCCGAGAGAAAGUGAGUCUGUUCUCUUGGGUGCUGCCAUUCUUGGUGCCGUUGCUGCCAAGAAGUAUUCCGGCCUCCGGGAUGGUAUGAAAGCACUCAACGCAGCUGGCCAGGUUAUUCAUCCAUCCAAAGACCCCAAAGUGAAGUGUUACCAUGACGCCAAAUACCGUGUCUUCCGGCAACUCUACGAGCAGCAGCUCUCACACCGGUCGAUCAUGACUGAGGCAUUGCAAUAGAAAGGUAUAACAACAUGAUGAGCAUGAUGCUCAAGAUGCGUGCUUCUAAUAUAGAGAAAAUCAUGGAGACUCGAAUCAUUUGGAAGUGGUGGCCGGUUACUGUUUAAAAUGUAAAUGGUGUGAUUUCUUGGAAUGAAUCAAGGUGCAAAUUCAUAGA